AUUGUCCACUAUACCAUCAGUGACACAUUCAAGUACAGCUGUGCUAUUUCAGCUAAUACCAUUAGAAACACCCUCCAUUUCAAAAGGAAAAAUCACAUCAGGAUCAGACAUGCUUGCUGCUGUUCCAUCACCAUCAUUCUCCUCAUUGGUAAUUCAGUCACCUCAUACCAUUAACUUUUCUAAACCAGCUGUACUCCCCAUCAAAGUGCAUUUGUCUGCAGAUCUUGAAGGUUUCUUCAGCGCAGAUUCAGCCAGCUCACAGGUUAGUGAAAGCAGAAGUAGUCCUCUAAGCACAGCCACUGUAGUACAUUCCAGUACGGUGAAUCACAGAAAUGGUCCUGAGUUAUUUAUGGGUAUGGUGCCUUUCAAUCUCUUUGGAUCAACAGCAGUGCAUUCCACAGAAAUAAUGGGAAAAGGGUCUCCUUCAGAAAGGACCUCUUUUUUGUCUGUAUACUCUAAUAUUCCUGUGUCAAAAACGUAUCAGUAUUUCCUGCCAGUAACUUCCAGAAGCCUGUCAUGGUUUCCUAAUGAGGGUAUGUGUAAUGUGUCGUCUACUGGAGUAAAACCAGUCAGCCAAUUUAAGGUAGUGCUGACUGACAGAAACAGUGAUAUCACUCCUUUGGCAUCACCAAAUUUUCAGGAUAAAGCAGAGAUUCCUACAUCAGUCUUCCAUCCUGUGGGUUCUCCACAUCUAAUACCCCAAAUGAGUCAUCCUUAGUCUUCCACAGCACUGACUAAUUGCACUACAGCCUUUACCAGUGCACCUUUCAUGUCAUCAGAUUCCAAGAGCCUGGCUGAGGCCUCCAGCUCAACAGAGAGCACGUCUUCCCUUUCAUUGCCAAAAUCACUUAUUCCAGAUGCAAAGCACACUCACAAUGCAGUGCUGCCAGUACGAGCAUUCAGAAGUGAAACAGAUUCUCUCUUUAGAAACACAACGUGCUCCUCUUCAACAAGCACAAGGUCUCCCUUGCUAAGUGAGACAAAUGACACCUUUACUAGGACAGCACGCACAAACAGUCCCAGUGCAGCAGGAGCUGAUGAGCAUGCUUUGUAAAUCCCUUUGACUGUUUCCUCGCAGCACUCGGUGGUGGCUCUGAAUCAGACUUCUGCAGAAGACCUGACUGAUGGAGCUUACCAGGCAAACAGCGUGCGAUUGCCAGCUGCUUCUGCACGUACUCUCCCAACUUCUGGUGGCUUUCCUGCAGCAAGAACAGCUCAACAGCCUUUCACAAGAGGGCUGGCAACAAAGAUGUCCACGAACUUUAACACUGAUAAUGUUCCACCUUAUGGAUCUCGGCUUUCCAAAGUUUCUCCAGAUAUCCAAACCAGUAAACUCCCCAGAGGAUCAAAGAUACUAGGCACUGUUUUGGAAACAGACAUGACUAGUCCUGAUCUAGCUGCAGUGCUGUUAAUUACUUCCACUACAGGCCUUUCAAAACCUGAAUCUAUCACAAAUACAUCUGCUACUAGUAUCUUUGUGACUGCACAUCUUCCACCUGGUGCUGUACAAGGUCCAGACAUAACUGCAAAUAAAGACAGAAAUAUGAGAUUACCCACUGUUGUGACCCCACAUGCAGAAUAUUCACUUCCAAGAGCUUGAAAUCAUUUUACCUCAGGUCAGACUUCACACUAGGUUGAUAGAAAGCAUCUUGCCUUUGUUGUGCCUCCAGCGUGGGGUGUGCAGCCAUCACUGGUUUCCAUGACAACAGUGAUGGACAGCUACAGCUUUUCUGGGGUUUUGAGUGCGGACUCUGAAAGCAGUUUAGAUCCUGUCAGCUCUCCUGGAGCUGCAGCUUCAGCUUCUACAUGGACCAAUACAGCAUUGCUGUCUUCAGCUGGCAUUCGUAUUCCUUCAGUAAAAACUUCAGUCAAAACAGCAAUAAGAGAAGUUCCUUCAAGUACUUUUACAUUGGAAACCGAGUACCAUGUACCAUCCUCAGUAGUUUCAAGUCUGCAAAAGAAAAUUAAUACAAAUAAGCAGUUACCCUUCUCCACCCCUUCAGCAAACGAUACAUAUGUAAAUUUUAGUGAAAAUUUUUUUAAUUUACCCUUUGCUGGAAUGAAGUCGAAUAGUUUUCCAGAAUUUGAUGUAGAUGCCUUUGCACUGAAAACAUCUCCUGUUCAGUAUUCGUCCCUUGCUCCCACUUUGACAGUGUCUGACUCCCUGCAAAAAAACCAUGGAAGCACAGCUGCAAACAGUGCUAAUUUCUCCACUGUUGGGAGACAUUGAUAUCAGUAUACGCUAUGAAGCGCCUCUCCGUUUACAUGUGCCUCCUGUUACAGGUGCUUUCCCUAGCUCUCUAGCGUCACAAACAACUGAUGCUGGAAAGAUUACUUUACUGACAGAAACCUUAGAGACAACACCAAGGUUGGCUUUUCAGCUUACCGACAACGUGACUUUUUUGGGCAGCUCUAAAAAUGGUGCCAUCCACAGCAUACUGCCAGCUGAGUCCCCUUUUCCCAUAACCAAGCCUUCUAGCUCAACUCUCUUGCUUAGUUUUAUUACAGAAGAUGACAUCAGUUCUGGAAAUUUGCCAGAAUUUGCAGAUGACCAAUUAGAGGCCUCUGGUUAUUUGGUUACAGCUGAUAGAAAUCCAGCUACACUUAGUGUGGAGGAGUGGGACACAAGCGCUACAAGAGAUAGUCUAGUUCCCAGUAAUAUAUCUAAUAAAACUACCAAGGGUAUCCCCUUGCAAACCCCUACCACCAGUGCUCUGCAGUCAGUCAUCAUAACUUCUGUCCAUGCAUCACCAACACCACUACCUUCUCCUUUUUUGUCAACAACCAACUUUACCCAUUCUGUCAUUACAGUGUUAUCUGGAGUAUCUUCUGGUGCAAUACCUACAGUAGGAACUUCAGAAGCAAACCCACUAACAAGAAAAUCAUCUUCAGCUUCACCAGUGCCAGCCUCUUCCUUCUUUUCUCUCGGCACUGAAAACACAGCUUUGCCAUCUGUGAUGGCUUUAAGCACACCAAUACUGACACUAACAAAAAAUAACACUGCCACAAAAUUGGCAUCGGAUCUAAGCUCAGUAGGAACACAUACAGAUUUUCCUUUUGCAACAAGAAACACAACUGCAUCACCCAUGGACGUGACAGCUAUGCUUAUAACCCCUAAGAGUAGCGUGGUCACAGCUUCCACACUUGCACCCACAGCACAUGUACCGAGGCAGAUAGAAACAGCAGUAACUGACACCCAGAAGUUCCCAAGUUCAGAAAUCACCAAAACGUCAACUCCGUAUCCGCUGACAAUUACAGCAGCUUUGACAUCUAUUACAGCAUCAGCGAAAACAACUAGGCUUCCCCCUACUCCAGUGGAAAACACCUCUGCUCCUCUCGAAACCACGGCAGCAGCCGCUUUCGCUAACAUGACAGCAGCUCCUCCCCUGGAUUGCCGGCUCUCCAGGAACCUUAUGGUUAAAACAGUUCUGUUUCUGAACACAAGGAGGAUGCUGAUCAGCAGUCCCUUCAGGGAGAGCGUGAGAAAAGGACUCAACCAAGUGCUGAGACAAGCUUUCAACCAAAAUGUCAGUGCUCAGGUUGAAAUCCUGGAGCAAUCAAAUAACAUAACAGUUGGUUACUACGUUACACGGGGCAGAAUGGUUUUUAUGCCUGCUGCUGUAAUUGAGAGGCUUCUUGCAUACGGCAUUAGCAAUGCCACAGCAGACAUAAAGCAGCAUGUACCACAUCUCCAGUCCGUGGCAGCCCUGGCCUUGCCGUGGAAGCCCCUUCCUGCUUACCACUUCCAGCUGAAAACAGAGCUGCAGUUUGUGAGUCAAACAGACAACAUACAGUCAUGCAAAUUUGUUCAGACCAUGGAGCAACGGUUACAGAGAGCGUUUCAAGAUGCUGAAAGAAAGGUCUUAAACACCAGCAACAACUUAACAGUUCAGAUUUUGAACACCUCCAAUGUCUCCCAAGCUGUCACUCUGUUUUAUGUAGUGAAAAAUCAAAGCACAACUCUAAAUGGCACUAUUUCCAGCAACCUUCUUAAUCACCUGUCAGCUGAGCUGGUGGGUUUCUAUCUAACCUACCCACCUCUCACCAUUGCAGAAUCUUUGGAGUAUCCAAACCUUGAUGUCUCAGAGUCAACUAGAGACUACUGGGUGAUAACAGUUAUUCAAGGGGUCGAUAUUGCAUUACUGGGGCUGAACAAUCAGAGCUUUGCAAGAUUAAUGGAGCAGCGUUUGGCCCCGCUGUUCAUGAUGUCCCAUCAGCAAGGAAGACGAUUCAAACGUGCCACUACUGUGGGCAGCUACACUGUGCAGAUGGUAAAAAUCCAACGUAUUCCAGGACCCAAGGAGCCGGCUGAACUGACAUACUAUACUUUAUACAACGGGAAGCCGUUGCUGGGCACUGCAGCUGCCAAAAUUUUGAGUACCGUUGACUCCCAGCGGAUGGCCUUGACACUAGGUUAUGUUAUUCAAGUUCAAGCUGAUCCCGUGGUGAAGAAUCCCCCAAACAACCUGUGGAUCAUUGCAGCGGUGCUGGCUCCCAUCGCUGUGGUUACAGUUAUCAUCAUCAUCAUCACAGCCGUUCUGUGCAGAAAGAACAAGAACGAUUUCAAACCAGACACCAUGAUGAACCUGCCUCAGAGAGCUAAACCAGUACAAGGCUUCGACUAUGCCAAGCAACACUUAGGUCAGCAAGGAGCUGAAGAUGAGGUUUUACCUGUAACUCAGGAGACUGUCGUACUUCCACUUCCAGUUAGGGAUGCUCCAGUGUCUCAGGAGAGAGAAAUUACUCAGGAUGGGAGCACUAUCAAAACUGCCAAAUCCAAUGAAACACGGAAAAGCCGGUCCCCGAGUCAAAACGGCUCCAUCAUCAGCAACGGGUCCGGAAAGCCCAGCUCUGGACGGAGCUCCCUCCAGAAAGUAAUGGCACCGCAAAAAGUGACAAAAGACGAAGGAAGGAAAAGAAACGGUUUUAAAUCUUCAAAGAAAAUUGUGCCCGUAAGUGAUGAAGAGGAAGGAGGCAUUCUCUUUGAUAACAUUGCCAAAUCUGCCAUUGACCCCUUCGACACCUCUUCUGGAUCAGUACAGCUGAUAGCUAUCAAACCCGUGGCACUACCUGCUGUUCAUGCUGCAUCAGAUAGGAGCCAGGAAUCUGCCAUCAUUAAUGGAGAGGUGAACAAGGCUUUGAAGCAGAAGUCUGAUAUAGAACAUUACCGCAACAAACUGCGCUUGAAAGCCAAGAGGAAGGGGUACUAUGAUUUCCCACAGGUUGAUAACAGCAAGGGGCUGACAGAGAGAAAAAGGAUGUAUGAAAAAAACCAGAAAGAACUUGACCACAUUUUGGAUCCAGAUGCAGAUAUCUCGUCUCCUUUUGCUGAGCCUAGGAACAGGCAACCAAUUAAGAACUCGGUGUACAGAAGCAGGCAGUCUUUGAACAGUCCUAGCCCAGGAGAAACUGAGAUGGAUCUUCUUGUGACUCGAGAAAGACCUAGACGUGGAAUCCGUAACAGUGGAUAUGACACUGAGCCUGAAAUUAUAGAAGAAACAAAUGUUGACCGUGUCAAUGAGCCUCGGAGUUACACCAGGUCCCGUCAGGCCAAAGGCCACUCGGAGACCUCAACUUUAAGUUCUCAGCCCUCCAUUGAUGAGGUUCGACAGCAGAUGCAUAUGCUCUUGGAAGAGGCUUUCAGCCUGGCCUCUGCGGGCCACGGAGGACAGAGCAGGCAGGAGGCGUACAGCUCAGCACCGCACUUGCCCUACUCGGAGGUUGUGACCAGUGCUCCUGGUACCAUGACCCGACCUAGAGGGGGGGUACAGUGGGUACCCACAUACAGACCAGAAAUGUAUCAGUACAGUUUACCAAGACCAGCUUACAGAUUUUCUCAGCUUCCUGAGAUGGUAAUGGGUUCUCCUCCUCCUCCUGUCCCUCCCAGAACAGGUCCUGUGGCUGUUGCCUCUCUCAGGAGGUCUACAUCGGAUAUCGGAAGCAAAGUGAGAAUACCUGAGUCAAGUGGCGCAGAUCAGGCCCAGCAUCAUGAUCAGGCAUCUUUUGCACCUGGUUCGAGAGCUCCGAUGUCUAUUGGUCCACUUGAACAAUCAGCUUUUCACUCAGGAAAUACCGUACCAGCAGUGUUUGCCAUACCAGCAGCAAACCGACCUGGCUUCACGGGCUAUUUUAUCCCAACACCACCCACUGCAUACAGGAACCAAGCCUGGAUGCCCUAUGCUGGGGAGAACGAAUUACCAGGGCAGUGGGCAGACUCAGUUCCAUUACCUGGAUACAUCGAGGCUUAUCCAAGAACCCGUUACCAACAUAAUUCUCCUUCGCGACUUCCUCGCCAAUACAGCCAGCAAGCAAGCAUGCAUCCCAGCCUGGAGCAAGCUCCUCUGCCAUCCACCGCAGCUUCUCAGCAGAGCCUGACAGAAAAUGACCCAUCCGAUGCUCCUCUCACCAACAUUUCUACAGCUGCCCUCGUAAAGGCAAUAAGAGAAGAAGUUGCUAAACUGGCCAAGAAGCAAACAGAUAUGUUUGAGUUCCAGGUCUGAUAUCUUUUGUGCACGGGACUUGUAUUGUGCAACGUGGGGUAGCCAAGGAAGCAACUCUUUUAAUUUUCAGUUUCAAACUUGCUGUGUAUUGUGCCAAAGUGAUGGCAUUUUCCUCUGAAAAGUCAACACUAUGAAAUGACUUAAAGUAGAACAACAGGACUCUGAAGAUAUGUAAUUCUGCUUGCCAGCUAAGGAAAUGCUGCCAGGUAACUGUUUAAUAUGGAUAAGAUUGAUCAUAUGCAAUUGUUUGUCACUCAGCUCUUGUAUUAUGACCCAUCGUCACUAGAGAUGCUGCUGAACAUGUCUGCACCACACGACGUUUCAUUUGCAGGCACAAAGUUAGAGCUGCUGAAAAUAACUUCUGCAUGUCAAAACUUUGAUUAAAGAAGAAAAUACAGUAGAACAUGGUUAGCUAGAGGCCACGGUAGGUGUGGCGGUGGCCAUGUUAAUUGUUUGCUGCAGGACAUUGUGUAAGGGAUACCGAUUUCAGCAAUGCAGUAUCAUUCAGCCUUUUCAUUCUAGAGACCGUAUUCAAACCAAAAGAAUUUGAGAUGAGUAGGUAAUACAAAUAAAUGUCCUGUAAAUAGCCCCAAUUCUCAUCCUAUUAACAGUACAAAGAAGUGAAAGAAGAGAAAACUGUGAAGAAGGUUAAUGUAUUUUGAUAAUCGGUGGCUACCGUGUCUCUGAAUGCCACCGAUGAGUUAUGCAGGAGAUUUUUUUCAGGCUGAGAGAAUCAGUGCAUGAAUAGCCAACAAAGGAUAUUGGUUCUAGAAGCUUCCAGGAGAAAUGAAAAAGGUUAUUUGCAUUUGCUCUAUAUUCAGGCUUAUCGCUCUGAAUGCAUGUGAAGCUGGUAAACCUGAGACGUUUGAGGAAGUCUUUCCAACCUGGAAAAAUGGAUACACCUGCUUGGACAAGAAAACCUCUGUUUAAUACAGUGCUUUUUUUCUCUUUCUUAAACAACGAUAUCUACUAAAGUGAUGCCAGAAAGUGCUACCUGAAGCUGCAGUUGAUUGUGAUUACACUGGAAUAGUGAAUGUACACCUAGGAAGCUCUGAAUGUAGAGGACUUGAUUAUUACAUUAACAUGUAAAUAAGUAAAUGGUUACAUGGAUUAACAAAAAUACUAAUGUUCUGUGAAAAAGAGAGCAUUUCCAGAAAUUAUGCUGACUUUAUAUUGUGCAAGAUAAAGGUCACUAAUUGUUAAACUGCAUUGUUGUAUGAAUCCAACCCCCAAAGAAAAUCAAACCAGUUGAAUGGACAAUAGUUCAUCUUUUGCAGUUGUACAAAACAGUUGGAGAUCAUGAACAAUUGUUUUCAGUUCCUUCAGCAAUUAGCUUCAGGAACUGAAGUUGUUGCAAAAUAUGUUGUGUUGGGCAUGUUUGAUGUCAACUGGAGUUAAAGGUAAUGUCCUUCGUUUCAAUAAGUUAUUUAGUUAUCCUCAAUUGCUUAUGCUAUUUUGUCUGAUCAUUUCAUUUCCCUGAGUUUCUUUGGUCUGUACUGAGGUGAGAAAGGGAACUUGGUUUAGCUUUUCGGCCAUCAGUAAGAUGAGAGGAAAAGGAGAGAGGAGACUAGAAUAGGGGAUAGAAGAAAUUGAUGAAGCACAAACUUUUAAAGCAGAGCUAUUUUUUCCCCAAAUAAUUAUAUUAUAAACCCUGACUGAGGUUGUGAUACAUAGUUAUCCUAGAAUAUACAGAUAUCUUCUGCUCCAAUAUCUUAAAUAUUGCAGAAGCUUUUGGAAUGCUAGCUAAUCUUUCAACAAAUGUGAAAUUUUGUUUUUAUUAUUUAAAAAUCAGAUAUAAAUAAAAUGUAUUUUUGUAAUUUCUAUGUAUAUAUGUGCUGUAUGUUUAUAUGUGGACUAGUCUGCUAUAGUCAGAAAACUUCCAUAAACCGAGUACAAAAAAAGAAGAAAAAACCCUAGUAAUUUUAAUGAUUAGUAUAAACAUGCUAUGUCUGGAGUACACAAAUAUACAUUUGGGUGACUUGGAUACUAAACAACCAAAGAAACUCAAUCUUUCAUAUAAAUAUAAGUCUAAUAAAGACAGACUGCUGUCUCAGUUACCUGUCAGCCAAUUAAUACUGAUCUUAUCAGUGUAAUACAAUACAUCCAAAUGUGGUUUUGUGUUGGAUUAAUAGCUGCCUAAGAGUAUCACACUUUAAAAUAACAACUUAAAAAUACUGCACCAAACUCAGCAUGGCAUAAAAUAGCUAGUUGUGGUUGGCUUCAGUGGGAACUUCACUCGCUGAGAGCAAAGCUGAGUUUCUCUGUUAGGAUUUGUCUAUACAUGCAAGUUUCACUAGAAUCCCUUGAACAAUAUUCUGCUUAUUUUUCAGUCAUUUAAAUCAUGGUAACAUAAGUGCAGACAUAAAUGAAGAGCGGCUUACUUUUCUUUAGCCUAAGCUGGUUCAUAGCUGGCUUAAGCUAACUUGAUGAGAGAAAUCUACACUAAAUUUUGCCAACCACAUUUUGCAUCAGCUUUAUUACCUCAGUUUUUGAAUGAUUUCUCUAUUUAGCCCAGUGAAGUUUUGCGAGUAGAUUGGCCCUUCUACACCACGGAGUGAAAUGUGCUCUGAAAUAAAUUUCUGUAUCUUAGACUCCAGUUUUGCAGAGUUAUCCUAAAGCUGCAAGUAUUGGAAGCAGCAGCAAUCAUGUGGAUGCGAGUGCUGAAGCAAUAGAGAUGGGAAGGGUGAUGUUACGAUGUAUUCACAAAAGUCACAGGAGGUAGGAUGUACCAGAUUUAAACAGCAUCUUUGGGACACUUAGUUCUGCUUGUAAAUCUGUACCAAUUCUUAAAUUUAAGCAAUUUAGUAGCUCUAUUGAAAAAUGUUUGAGGAUAAAGCUAAGCAUAUAUCUUGCCAUACUGGAAAUUCGUAGAUGUACAGGGUUUGAAUGCCUACAUGCAAACAAAAUGAACAAAUAGAAAAACUCCACAUAAAAAUGUUUCAAUAGCCUUCUAGAAACAGAAACCAUUUCAGGAAAGUUAAACAAAGUACUCUUUAUACUACUGAGGAAGACCUGUUAGCCUUUCAAAAUUAAUUUUGUUUGGUAUUGUAUCGAUGAUGUGCAGUCUACUGAAUAUUCCCUCAACCAUCACUCUCAAACCAUUGUGGUGCACUUUAUUCACAAAGACAUUUUACAUUCUUCAUUCAUAAUGGCUUUUUAUCUUGUUGAUAAUGUUUCUGUAUUUUUUUUUAAAUACAAAGUAAGAUUAUAUCAAGACAGUAAGGACAUUCCUGGGAAAGAAAAAUCAUGCUGUAAUAUUUAUACUGUCUGAGCACAAAGCAAUGAUAAAGUGAAAAUAUAGUGUACAAAUAAUUUGUAAUAUAAUAAACAUUUUGUAUGGCUACAAUUACAA